GGGGCGGAGACCAGGAAGUGGUGCGGGCAUGGGGCUUGGGGCUCGGGCCACCCUCUCCGUUCCAGUCAGGGAGCCAGAGAGCGGCGGGCGCGGGUAGAGGAGGCGCGGGCUCCGCAGCGGAGCCACUCGGCUUCAGCAGCACCAGACUCCAAUGCCCAGCUGCGGGCCAGGUGUGGGGAACCAGCACUGAACAAGUCGACGCAGCCCGCCUCCCAGAGCUUGGAGUCUGCGUCUAGAUCUUUCUUUCUCCAAACAAACAGCCCCUCCCUGUUUGUCUCAGCGGUGACACACGGGGCAGCCCCUUGCAUCCUGACUCCCCUCCUCCUCCCACGGCGCAGUCUGAUUGCCUCAGUGCCUCCAAAGAAGGGCAUCCAGACUGGCCCCAGGCCUCCUGGUGCCGUGCAGGGAGGUCAAGGUCGAGAAGAUUCAUCCUGAAUCAGGUCACGCUCUUGGUCUGGUUUCAAAGCACUCAACACCCGGCCUUUGCAUUUUCAGCUCCUGCUCUCCAGUGGUCCCAAGAGGGAGAUGCAGCAGCCGUGACCCAGGCCUCGUGGAUGGGAGCGGCUGUCAGCUAUGGAGAAGGAUGCGGCCACCUGUCCACAUGAUCCCUCCUUCAUAAAACCUAAGCCACCUCCAGACACAUGCCCCAGUGCCUGUCUCUCUGCAGAACCUGGAGAGACAAUGCCUGCUCCAGGCCCAGGAGGGAGCCAGCUCUGAAGGGGCAAGCUGAGGACUGGAGUUUGAACCACCAGCUUUGCCUCCUCUCUGUUCAUGCUCAUGCUCUUGCCCAACACCUCCUAGGAGACUGACUUUAUUUAUUUCUAGAAAAAGCACUGAGUCGAUUACUGUAGCCUGCCACAAUUGGAUACUCCCUUUCGUCUCUGUGGGGCAGCCUGGAGCCCAGUGGCUGACAAAACUGGCACAUUGGGGAGCUGGAAGAGAAGCAGCUAGGGGCUGUGGCUGAGGAAGGAGCUCGGGGUCCCAGGAUGGAGUCCAACGACACGGCCGCUUCCUCUUGCCUGGACUCUGCCACGUUCAAGGUCACCGUCAGUGUGGCACUCACCAUCCUCAUUCUCAUCACUAUUGCCGGCAACGUGGUUGUCUGCCUGGCCGUGGGCCUGAACCGCCAGCUCCGCAGCCUGACCAACUGCUUCAUCGUGUCCCUGGCCAUCACCGACCUGCUCCUCGGCCUCCUGGUGAUGCCCUUCUCGGCUUUCUACCAGCUCUCCUGCAGGUGGAGCUUCGGCAAGGUCUUCUGCAACAUCUACACCAGCCUGGACGUGAUGCUCUGCACGGCCUCCAUCCUCAACCUCUUCAUGAUCAGCCUCGACCGGUACUGCGCCGUCACGGACCCCCUGCGCUACCCCGUGCUCAUCACCCCGGUCCGGGUUGGCGUCUCCCUGGUCUUGAUUUGGGCCGUCUCCAUCACCCUGUCCUUUUUGUCUAUCCACCUGGGCUGGAACAUCAGGGACGAGACCAGCAGGGUCAACCACACCAUCCAGCCCUGCAAAGUCCAGGUCAACUUGGUGUAUGGCUUGGUGGACGGGCUGGUCACCUUCUACGUGCCUCUGCUGGUCAUGUGUAUCACCUACUUCCGCAUCUUCAAGAUCGCCCGGGAGCAGGCCAAGAGGAUCCAUCACGUUGGCCCCUGGAAGGCGGCCACCAUCAGGGAACACAAAGCCACUGUAACGCUGGCCACCGUGAUGGGGGCCUUCAUCGUCUGCUGGUUCCCCUACUUCACCGUGUUUGUCUACCGGGGGCUGAGAGGGGAUGACGCCGUCAACAAGACCUUCGAAGCUGUUGUUCUGUGGCUGGGCUACGCCAACUCGGCCCUGAACCCCAUCCUGUACGCCGCACUGAACAGGGACUUCCGCACGGCGUACCAGCAGCUCCUGCGCUGUAGGUAUGCCAGCUGCAACACCCACGACGCCUCUCUGAGGUACGACAGCUCUCGGCUCCCCAGGACUCGGAGCCAGGGACCCAGGCAGCAGGAAGAGAAGCCCCUGAAGCUGCAGGUGUGGAGUGGCAGAGAGGUCAUGGCACCCCGGGGAGCCACAGACAGGCAAAACCUAGACAAGGGGAAGGUGACAAGCCAGUGAGAAGCAAAGAAAGCCCUGAGCUGGGAGUUAUAAAUUGCAACAUCUCCCACAGCACGAGCAACCGUGGGGUUGUUUAAAUAUUUAACCCACAUUAAAUAGAAUGUGACUUGCAAAAAAUCGGAAGAGACUGAAAACCCUGUAUUUGGCAAGAUCAGAUCCAUCCUUCUUCCUCAAACCAGUGGUCUCCGAAAACAAAAGUGACAUAUCAUUAUAAGAACAUGUACUUGAGUGCUGCACACUGCUGAGCUGACUGCUGGCUUCAGUCCUGCUAACCUUAUUGUCCCAUGUGCUUACUGCCAUGGCAGGCAGCUAUCCAUCAUGGCUGCCUUUGUCAGGGAGCACGCUCUCUCGCUCUCUCCUGGCUUCCUCUGUUGUGGAGCCCCAUGUGAAGUGCAAACAUCUGCAUUCCUGAGCCUCCUUGCCCCUGGGUGCAGACAUGUGACCAGAUCUGCCCCAUCAAAGGUAGCAAGCACCUUUGAUUGAAACAUGAGCUCCGGGCAGAAAGCACUGGUAUGUCUCAGGCAGCUGUGCAUCAGCCUGGUGGGUGGCCGCCGCCACAAAUCCCGGCCACACAGCUCGGCCACGAAUCUGUAAGCUCCCUAAUAACCCCUGAGCUAAUAUAGCCCUUCCUGCUUAAACCCAGCUUCUGGCAAGUAAUAGACACUCAGUGAAUUC